AUGAGCUACUAUGGCAGCUACUAUGCAGUCCCGGGCUAUGGCUGUGCAGCCUUUGGUGGCCUGGGCUAUGAAUGUGGCUGUGGAGGCUACAGGUACAGCUACCACUCAUCAUGCUAUGAAGGAUGUGGAUUCUCUGGAUUCUACUAA